AAGCCCAGGUUCCCUUCUCUCUAACUCUCUCUCCCUCACACUAAAUCCCUUCCCUUCAAUCUGUAGUUCACCGGGAAUGAGAUACUUCAGCCAAGCCACUGGAAUCCGUGGGCCAAGUGGCUUUGGCUCCCGAUCCACCGCCGAGCAGGUCACUGACGGCAUCGACGCCUUCGGCCGCACAGUCAUCAUCACCGGCGGUAGCAGCGGGAUCGGCGUGGAGACGGCGAGGGUGAUGGCCCUCCAUGGCGCCCAUGUCAUCAUCGGAGCUAGAAAUCUUGAGGCCGCCGACUCCGUCAAGCAAGGCAUCCUCCAGAACACUCCCUCCGCUAAGAUCGACAUCAUCGAGCUUGAACUUAGCUCACAGAAAUCAGUGCGAGCCUUCGCCGGCAAGUUCCUCGCCAUGAACCUUCCCCUCAACAUCUUGAUAAACAAUGCUGGAGUUAUGAACUGCCCUUACAAUCUCUCGGAGGAUGGAAUAGAGUUACAAUUUGCCACAAAUCAUAUCGGUCAUUUUUUGCUGACCAACCUUCUGCUUGACAAAAUGAAGAGCACAGCAGAGGAGACUGGGAUCGAGGGUCGCAUCGUGAUCCUAUCGUCUGCGGCUCAUUUGGUGACAUAUCGAGAAGGGAUUCGAUUCGACAAGAUCAACGACAAGAACACGUACAACAGCCAUUCUGCCUAUGGACAGUCUAAAUUGGCAAACAUAUUGCAUGCUAAGGAGCUAGCCAAACACUUGAAGGAAGAAGGCGCGAACGUUACGGUGAAUGCUGUUAAUCCUGGUCUCAUCAAGACUAACUUGAUGAGACACUCGGUCUUCUACGUUACUAUGUUGAGAGUUCUCCUUUUCGUCUUGUGGAAGAACAUACCUCAGGGAGCUGCUACUUCGUGCUAUGUCGCAUUGCAUCCAAGCUUGAAGGGAGUGAGCGGGGAAUACUUCGCUGAUUGCAACAUCGAAACGCCAACCGCAAAGGGUAGAAAUGAAGAACUAGCAAAAAAGCUCUGGGAGUUGAGUGAAACCCUAAUCAAAUAAAAUUGUCCCUUGUACUAUUUGAUAAGUUGUGUAUUGUAUGUCUUUGAAUGUGCUCAUAUAUAAAAUGUUCCUCUUUGUGUAUGGAUUCGAUUUUAUAGAAUGUCUUAACAAGAGGUAUAUGCAUACA